AUGCCGAAGACUAUACCGUGCAAGGGUCCUGAAUAUAAUUUGUUCAUCUAUUCUCACCAAUGCAACAGUGCGCAGCUGUCAGCGCAGCUUCUAAGAGAUGACGACGACGACGAUGACGAUGAUAGUGAUGUUGUUGAUAAUGAUGAUGAUAACAAGGUCGAUAAUGGUGAUGAUGAUAAUGAUGAGGAUGGUGAUGAUAAAGAUGAAGAUGACAAUGAUGAUGAUGAAGAAGAAAAAAAAGAAGAAGAAGAAGAAGAAGAAAAAAAAGAAGAAGAAGAAGAAGAAGAAAAAGAAGAAAAUGAAGAAGAUGAAGAAAAAAAAGAAGAACAAGAAGAAGAAGAUGAUGUUGAUGAUGAUGAUGAUUAUGAUGGUGAAAAAGAAGAGAAUUAUAAUUAUGAAGAUGACGAUGAUAAUGCUGAUUACGCUUGA